AUUACCCACUUUCACAACCCAAUCUUCUUUUCCAAAUCAUCUCUCUAAUUAUUUUUCUCAUCUCCUCCUUAACAAACUCUCCCCUGUUUUUUUCUCUGUUCUACACAAAAACAAACAAACAAACAAAAAAUGGCCGCAUACAGAGAACCCAUGAGUGUACACGAAAGAGCACCAAUCUCAUCACAAACACCACACUCACCAUGGCAUUCACCAGUUCCUUACUUAUUUGGUGGUUUAGCAGCCAUGUUAGGACUAAUAGCUUUUGCUCUGUUAAUCCUUGCAUGUUCUUAUUGGAAACUUUCAGGUUAUCUUGAAGGUAACAAUGAAUCUGAAAGAGACCUUGAAGCUGGACAAGGAAACAACGAAACAGAUCAGAAACCACAAAAACCAUAUGAAGAAAAAAUCUUGGUGAUUAUGGCUGGACAAAAUAAACCAACAUUCUUAGCCACACCAAGCAUGUCUUCUUCAAGUGCAAGUACUAGUAGAUCUUCUUCUUUUGGUGAUAACACUAGUACAUGUACUUGUGACCAGAAUCAUAAAUCCAUGGAAACUAUCAAUGAUGGUGAUGGUGAUGAUUCAACCGUGAAAAGGGAAAGCGGUGGUGAAAAUCAUGUAAGAACAACAGAGAGUACUGUAGCAGCAACAAGAACAACAACAGAAACAUCUUCAGAGCAGAACGUUUGAAAGACAAAGCUGGUGACAGUGGUGUUUUUUUGACGGUUUGUUUUAGGUGUCUCGAUCCAUUGCAUGUUCUGUUAUUGGGUUUAGAAUUUUAGAUCCUUCUUUUUUAAUGAACAUGUUCAAUUUUCAUUUUCAUUUUCAAUACCCACAAAGUACAACUGUACAUUAUUUCGGGAAUGUAAAUUUGUUGAGGUGGAAUGGAAGGUUUGCUAGUUCUAUUUUUUA